AUGUCGAUUCCUGGCUUGGGUCAAUUCGCCCCGGCGUCAACGCCGGCAAAUUCCGCUACUCCAGCCUCGUCAUCGACGACAACCACCAUUUCGCUGCAGCCGUUCUGGGAAUACCGUUUCGAGGUAUCCUUCUCUUCAUCGUUGAACAUUCGACUGCUAUCUGGGACCGCUGAGAAGGAUGGUUCUGAACUCGCUCCCAACGUAACAUACACCUUCAAGGGCACCAACUCCAAGAUCAACACAUGGCAGGGCUGCCAACUGGAGGUCAGCCCCGACGGCCCCGGUCCCUACAAUGCCAAAGUUGCCCAGUUGACGGCGGCAGACACGCCGCUAGUCUCAUAUCUAAACCUGCAUAUGAAGUUGGAAGGAUUUCGAGCAGCAGCGGCCGCUGGCGAGAACAGUGACUCCAUGGGUCCUCGUGUUCUCGUUGUAGGACCAACCAGUAGCGGCAAGACGAGCGCCGUCAGGAUGUUGGCAAGCUGGGCUACACGUAUGGGACGACAACCACUUGUUGUCAACACAGACUCCACGCAGGGCAUUUUGAGCGUGCCGGGCACUUUGAGUGCUGCCGUCUUCGCAACACUGAUGGACAUCACCACGGAAUGGGGCGGAACACCAAGUUCCGGGCCAGCGGCUGUGCCUGUCAAGCUUCCCCUUGCGUACUACUACGGGCUGGAGCAACCAGAGGGCAACGCGAAGCUGUUCAGAAGUCUGCUCAGCCGCCUCGCCAUGGCUUCCACCAGUCGCCUGUCCGAGGAUCCUGAGGUCAGGAACACCGGCAUGCUGAUCGAUACGGGCGCCGUCAAUGCUACAAACCCAAACUAUGAUCUCCUUUCACAUAUCGUGAGCGAGUUCUCCGUCAACAUUGUCAUUUGUUUGGGGUCAGACAUCAUUGCCGCCGAGUUGGAAAAACGCUUCUUUGGAUUGAAGACUACGCUUGGCGAGGACAUUGUCGUUGUUGGGCUGGACAAGAGCAGCGGCGUCGUUGAGCGCGAUUCAACUUUCAUGCGGCAGAUGAGGGAGAGGACUAUUAAAGAGUAUUUCUUUGGAGAUGCCAAGAGAACACUCAGUCCUGGUACACAGAACAUAGCCUUCGAAAGCGUAACGGUCUGGAAGGUAACUGAAGCAGAGUCAACCUCCGACAGCGACUACUCCUAUGACCCCGGUGCCACGACUGUCUCGCUUCAAAAAGUUGAGCCCUCAAUGAUGAUGCUCAAUUGCACAUUGGCCAUCAUGUACGCGAAACCUCGCGAUUCCUCAGAGGCUGUAUGUGAGGCCAACGUCAUGGGAUUUGUCUACAUUACCGAUGUGGACGAGACGAGGAAGCGACUCAAAGUUUUGUCUCCUGUCAAUGCCAGACUUGGAGAUCGCCCAUUGUUAUGGGGCAGCUGGCCAGAGCCUAUGGUCAGUCUUCUGGACUAG